GGGGCACGCUACGCCGUACCCAAGACUGACGUAAGGGGGCGGGGUAUGCGUCGGGGCGGCCGGCAGCUGGCGGGCCAACUGCCUUGAUGGAGCGCUACGCCAGCGCCCUGGAGGAGUCAGCGGAUGGCACCCGGCAGCAAGAGCGGCAUUACCAGCUGCUGUCGGCGCUACAGAGCCUGGUGAAAGAACUUCCCAGUUCCUUCCAGCAGCGCCUGUCCUACACCACACUCAGUGACCUGGCGCUGGCGCUUCUCGACGGCACUGUGUUCGAGAUCGUGCAGGGACUGCUGGAGAUCCAGCAUCUCACCGAGAAGAGCCUGUAUAACCAGCGCCUGCGGCUGCAGAACGAGCACCGAGUGCUCAGGCAGGCACUGCGGCAGAAGCACCUGGAGGCCCAGCAGUCCUGCCGGCCCCACAACCUGCCCGUGCUCCAGGCCGCUCAGCAGCGUGAGUUGGAGGCAAUGGAACAUCGGAUCCGGGAGGAACAGCAGGCGAUGGACCGGAAGAUCAUCCUGGAGCUGGACCGGAAGGUGGCUGACCAGCAGAGCACACUCGAGAAGGCAGGGGUAGCUGGCUUCUACGUGACCACCAACCCACAGGUCAGCACCUGGGCCUGCCUUGCCCACACUAAUGUGUUGCCAGACCCAGAAGGCUCAAGAUCAGUGAUGGGUGGAAGAAAGAUGGAAGCCCCCUCGAUGACCUCCACCUGCCCCAUCCAGGGAAGUUGGGCUCACCCAGUGGGAAGCUGAUUUGAUCACACAUGCCCAGCAGCUGUCCGAAGUACACCUGGUGGUCAGCAGGAUGCAGGCCCAGCUCCUCCAUCCUGUAAGCAGAUGAGGCCAAGCAGGUGAGGGGCUAGUCCUAAGACACUGUCACAAGAGCAGUAUAGUUCCCUGUCUUACCUCUGAGUACCUCCCACUUCGCUCAGAUCUCAACUCCCAUAUUAGAGCCUCUGUUCCCUGCCAGUAGAGCCAGAGGUGUGGGCUUUGCCCUCCGCUGCAACUCUUCCCAGCAGAACUUGCCUCAGCUGUGCUGCUGCUCCUGGGGGAAGGUUUCCCUGGGUAGGCCGUGGCCCAGGGCCACACCGUUCCUCCCUCCUUUCCCCUCUUCCCUCACACUGGCUCUCUCAUACCUUCUCCACUUCCUGACUGCAGGGCCUGCCCCUGGCUCAGGGAAGCUCCUGGGCUCUCAUGCAUCCCUCUGGGAUUUUGCUUUGGUGAUUGGUCUGCUGGCCUCCCCACCCUUGUCCUCCCCUUGCUGGCUGCCCCACUACACUAUCUGUAUAGCUGCCUUUGCCCAUUAUGCAGCUAUCAGCAGUCAGUCCUUAGAUGGUGACUGGUCUGAAUCUAGAUGUGUUGUGUCAGAUACACUUAGUCUGCCAAAAAGAUGUAUACACACUUUAGGAAAAGAAAAACAGUAUGAUGUUUUCAAACAGAUGGUGUUAACCUCGAAAGAGGAGGGACCCUAGAGGAUGUUGUGUAUCACAGAAAAUCUACUAUACUCCUUGUCUUUAGAGAAAAAAUUGAAAAUACAUGUGCAGCAAUUUCAGUAGCCCAGGUUACUACUAAUGAAUGUCUGGAAGCUACUUUGAGCUCCUUUUGUAAUUGUAGAGGCCAAAGAUAAUUUGUAUUAAUCUCAUGAUGGCUCAAUAAACUUAGUAUUAAAAUAUUUAUAUGUUUUGAAGUGUAUAUACAUUUUUUGGUGGACUCUAUAUGUUAGAUGUAGAUUUUGCAGACUUAGUAGAAUGGAAAAUUAAUUUGUAUGUGUGUGGUGGUGAUACCAGGGCACUGGACGUAGGGCCUUGUGCAUGCUGAGCUACAUUCUAGCCUAUAAUAUAGUAUUAAAAUUAACUCUGUCUUUUAAAAA